CUCCUCGCUCUCUCCCGGCGGCCGGCUGAGUGAUCCGGCUGAGUGAUCCGGCUGAGUGAUCCGGCUGAGUGAGCGAGAGCAGCGGUGACGUUACCAAGUCACACGUGUUAGUCCGUGUGGAGUAGCUACAGGCACUAGCGAGGAGUCAGCCUCUGCACGAGCGAUGUCCGGUCUCAACUGGAAGCCGUUUGUGUACGGGGGGCUGGCGUCCAUCACCGCCGAGUGUGGCACGUUCCCCAUCGCGACGAAGACGCGGCUGCAGGUGCAGGGACAGCUGGCGGGCGACGUGCGCUACCGGGAGGUUCGCUACCGCGGCAUGCUGCACGCCCUGCAUCUCAUCGCCCGUGACGAGGGGGCCACGGCACUCUACUCGGGGAUCGCUCCAGCGGUGCUGCGGCAAGCGUCGUACGGCACCAUCAAGAUCGGCACCUACCAGAGCCUCAAGAGGCUGUUUGUGGACAAGCCGGAGGACGAGACGCUGCCUGUGAACGUGCUGUGUGGGGUCCUCUCCGGCGUCGUCUCCUCCACCAUCGCCAACCCCACCGACGUGCUCAAGAUUCGCAUGCAGGCACAGGGAGGCGUGUUCCAGACGGGGAUGAUUGGGAGCUUCAUCGACAUUUACCAGCAGGAGGGCACGCGGGGCCUCUGGAGGGGAGUCAUGCAGACGGCACAGCGAGCGGCGAUCGUGGUGGGCGUGGAGCUGCCGGUGUACGACAUCACCAAGAAGCACCUCAUCCUGUCGGGCGUCAUGGGUGACACCGUGCUCACCCACUUUGUUUCGAGCUUCGCGUGCGGCCUGGCGGGCGCCCUGGCCUCCAACCCGGUGGACGUUGUGCGCACGCGCAUGAUGAACCAGCGCCACCUCAAGAGCACCGGCGCCGCCACCAGCACCGCCGCCCUCUACCGGGGCACGCUGCACUGCAUGCUGCAGACGUUCCGUACGGAGGGCUUCAUGGCGCUCUACAAGGGCUUCUGGCCCAACUGGCUCCGGCUGGGACCUUGGAACAUCAUUUUCUUCAUCACGUACGAGCAGUUGAAGAAACUGAACUUGUGAAGACGAGGAGGAGGUGGAGGAGGACGGAGGAAGAGGAGGGGCAGGAGAGGAAGAGGAGGUGGAUGAGGAGAAGGAGGAAGACAAAGUAGAGUGAUGCUUCUUCGUGUUUCAACCUCGACGGGAACGUGACAGGAAGUGAAAACGCCGAGAGUCAAAGAGCUUGGGGGCAUGCGGCGCACGAGCAAAGUGAGGAACUGACUCGGGGAAGUUCGCAAAAACUCCGCUGAACGUUUCACGGCACCUGGUCGGUCGGUUGGACUGCAUCCCAUCGAACCGCGUGCCACGUUUGGCGAGACGUUAACUUUUUUACGUAACCAAGGCAGCUUGCAAGGUUCGGCAGAGACGCGGUGGGAUGUGGUCGCGUUUAGCCCAUCAGCGUCGUCGUCCCUCCGGGGUGGAUAAAAACCCCCAACAUCGGAACGUGGAGUUUCCACCACCGGCUCAGCGGAGCAUGUCAACAGGAGACAAACACCCCCCGAUGCUUCGACACUCGUCAGAUUGCACGAUGUCUGUGGCAUCGGUCGUUGUGGUUUAUUUAUUGAACGAGUCCACGGCUUUGACACAUUCGCAUCAGCGAUGGGGAACGUAGGCACUGGUGGCUAGGAGAUGUUAACAACCUCGCCCGGUAUACAGGAGGUCGUGGGUUCGAUCCCAACUGGGACGUCUGCUGUGUAUUUGGAGUUUGCGUGUUUCUCUCUCAUCAUCAUGGUGGCCAGGAGAUGUUAACUACCUCGACUGGUGUACAGGAGGUCGUGGGGUCGAUCCCAACCUUGACGUCUGCUGUAUAUUUGGAGUUUGCGUGUCUCUCUCAUCAUCAUCACGGUGGCUAGGAGAUGUUAACAACCUCACCCGCUAUACAGGAGGUCGUGGGUUCGAUCCCAACCGUGACGUCUGCUGUGUAUUUGGAGUUUGCGUGUUUCUCUCUCAUCAUCAUGGUGGCCAGGAGAUGUUAACUACCUCGACUGGUGUACAGGAGGUCAUGGGGUCGAUCCCAACCGUGAUGCCUGCUGUAUAUUUGGAGUUUGCGUGUCUCGCUCAUCAUCAUCAUCAUCACGGUGGCUAGGAGAUGUUGACUACCUCGCGUGGUAUACAGGAGGUCGUGGGUUCGAUCCCGACGCUGACGCCUGCUGCUCUAUAUUUGGAGUUUGCGUGUCUCUCUCUCAUCAUCAUCACGGUGGCCAGGAGAUGUUAACUACCUCGCCUGGUAUACAGGAGGACGUGGGUUCGAUCCCGACGCUGACACCUGCUGCUGUAUAUUUGGAGUUUGCGCGUUUCUCUCUCUCAUCAUCAUCAUCAUGAUGACCACGAUGCCUGGUGUCUCUUGAGAGUCUGCGUCUCUCUCGCCGUGGUCGCGUGUAUUUAUCUCCGGGGUCUUUCGGUUUUUCCCUCCACGCUUAAGAUCAACAUCACUCGUUGAGAGUUUUUGGCUGCUGCUCUAAACUUCCACGCCGUCUUAUUCCACCACAUGUCCGGCCAGCCUGGAAGAGUAGGCCGAGUACAACGCUGGAGCAUUGGUCGGCAAACUUACGACGGCUCCUUAAGGCACUGCUUCGCGUGUGACGUUAUUUUUGAAGGACUCUCCGUCUCGUAUUUAUCGCGCACUGCGCGGCUAUUGAGGUACAGUGACGACGUCUCUACUUACGAAUGAGUUUUGCUACGGAGGUUUCUGUUCGUAAGUCCCAACUUUACUCCUGUAGAUUCCAAACGUGUUGUAUGCUGUGUACACUAAACACGGGGGAAUGGCUUUAAAAGGUGUAUUAUCUCCUGUAGAUGUGGAUGCCACUGGUUCUUCACGUUCUGCAGAUGUAGAUGCCACUGGUUCUUCACGUUCUGCAGAUGUUGAUGCCACUGGUUGCUCAUGUUCUGCAGAUGUCAUUGUCACUGGUCUUUCAUGUUCUGCAGAUGUAGAUGCCACUGGUUCUUCGUGUUCUGCAGAUGUAGAUGCCAAUGGUUAUUCACGUUCUGUAGAUGUAGAUGCCACUGGUUCUUUACGUUCUGUAGAUGUAGACGCCACUGGUUCUUCACAUUCUGCAGAUGUAGAUGCCACUGGUUCUUCAUGUUCUGCAGAUGUAGAUGCCACUGGUUCUUCACGUUCUGCAGAUGUUGAUGCCACUGGUUCCUCAUGUUCUGCAGAUGUCGAUACCACUGGUUCUUCACGUUCUGCAGAUGUCAUUGUCACUGGUCUUUCAUGUUCUGCAGAUGUAGAUGCCACUGGUUCUUCGUGUUCUGUAGAUGUAGACGCCACUGGUUCUUCACAUUCUGCAGAUGUAGACGCCACUGGUUCCUCACGUUCUGCAGAUGUAGAUGCCACUGGUUCUUCACGUUUUGUAGAUGUAGAUGCCACUGGUUCUUCACUUUCUAUAGAUAUAGAUGCCACUGGUUAUUAACGUUCUGCAGAUGUCAUUGUCAC